GCUUCUAUUUUCUUCCUUUUCUACAACCUUUCUUAUCCUUUCACAUUCUCUCUCAGUUUCUUUCUUCGUCAGCACGAACGAACGAACGGACCCAAAUCGGCCGGCCGCCGGCGACCACAAACACUCCGUCCCGAUUCCUCCGCUUCCGCAUUCCGCAGCCAAUUCCUCGGAAAUGGGGCCUCAAUCUAAGUCUUAGGGCGGAUCCAUGUACGAGCUCGGCAUCGAUGGUUGAAUAGGUUUCAGUGUUAAUGUCCUGGAGGAUUUGUGGUGUCUCUCCAUUUUAGGGUUAUAUAGAGCUCCGGCCUUCGCUUCAAUUGGUUAGGGUUAGGGUUUUCUUUUUUCUGGAUACUGUGGAAGGUUCUGGGAGGUGUUGUUGGUGGAUUACAGGGCUUGUGAUUUUGUUUGGGCAUCUAUCACGGGGAAGAUAGGCGUGGGUUAGCGGAUAAUGUGUAUACUUUGUGUGAUUCAGAAGUGGUCUCGCCGGGUUGCGACUAUGCUGCCUUGGUUGGUCUUGCCUUUGAUAGGGUUAUGGGCUCUCUCUCAGCUGUUGCCGCCCGCUUUUCGUUUUGAGAUUACUUCGCCGAGGCUGGCUUGUGUGUUUGUCCUAUUGGUUACCCUCUUUUGGUAUGAGAUUUUGAUGCCUAAGCUGUCUGCGUGGCGGGCCCGUAGAAACGCUCGGCUUCGCGAGAGGAAGAGGAAUGAAGCCAUUGAACUGCAGAAGCUUCGGAAGACAGCUACUCGGAAGUGCCGCAACUGUUUGACUCCAUACAGGGAUCAAAACCCAGGUGGGGGUAAGUUUAUGUGCUCAUACUGUGGACAUAUUUCAAAAAGACCGGUGUUGGAGUUGCCAGUGCCACCUGGAAUGGGGAUGUCUGACUCCGGUAUUUUCAAGGAUUUGGUUGGAAAGGGUGGGAAACUAUUGAAUGGGAGGGCGUGGUCCGACCAUGGAUGGAUGUGCAGUCAGGAUUGGCGUGACAGUGGGAAUUGGGCUGCUGGGUCUUUUGCAUCAAAGCCCGUUAAUUAUAGGAAAAAUGGAAAUGUUCUUUUUGGAGGAGAUGAAAGUUGCUUGGCAGAGAAGUCCUACUCGGGCAUUGUUAUCUUUGCCAGCAAGCUGCUCACUUCUUUUUUCUUGAGCAUUAGGUGGCUCUGGAGAAAGAUAUUUAGUGGUGGCUCCUCAAGUGAAGAUGCUUCAUUCAAUGCUGAACAAAAUGGGAUGUUGACCAAGAGAGGUGAGUGCGGUGGCAACUUUCAAGAGAGUAAAAGUGAGAAGGCGCGCAGAAAAGCAGAGGAGAAGAGGCAGGCAAGGCUGGAGAGGGAGCUUCUGGAGGAAGAAGAAAGGAAGCAGCGGGAGGAGGUUGCAAGGCUGGUCGAGGAGCGUAGGAAACUUAGGGAUGAGAAGACAGGGACCGAGAAAGAUAGUGAAAAAGUAGUAUCACCUACAAAGGAUAACCAUAGUAAGAAAGAUGCAGAAAAGAGACGUCAUGAGAGAAGAAAAGAUAGAGACAGGGGUUCUAGUAAGAGCAACUCCGAUGCUGAAGAACUUGAGAGGAGAGUUGCUAAGGAAACUGAUUGGAAACACGACUCGGACAAGAAGAGUGAGGCUGAUAGUCGGGAGCAUCAGAGAUCUGUGAUGGACAACAUUAAGGGUCAGGGCAAUGAUCUUACCCGUGGUUCAAAGAGUGUCCCAGGUAACAAUGUUAACAGGGGCAGUGCAGGAGCUAGAUACCUGGAUCGCAUGAGGGGUACAUUGAUCUCUUCUUCCAAGGCAUUUGGUGGAACUAGUUUCUUUGGAAGAACAGCCAACACUUCUACCACUAUUCCAAAAGAAAGCAAGUCUAACAAUGCUGUAAAUCAUGCACAUACUUCUGCACCUAAGAGAGACCUGUGUACAUCUGAGCGCGUGGCUGGAAAAUCAACGAUAAAUGCGGUUCCUUUAGAACCGCAACCAAUCCCUGCACCAAAAAAGUCGUGGCAGCAGUUGUUUACUCGGUCAACCCCUGUUCAUCCAUCAUCUAACCCAAGUGUGAUAAGCAGACCUAACACUAAAAUGCCAGCUGAAGUUCGGAGCCCCCCAUUACCUGGUCAAGCAUUGGUGACUCAAUCAUUUGAUAGGCCCAUUAGUUUUGGUCUGCCAUCUCCAUUUCCUGUUUAUCCAAUACAAAAUGUGACUCCUAGCAGUAGUUUAGGUUUCUCGCCUGCUAUUGAACCGAUUUUUCCUCACCUUGGAGAAAAACCGCAUGAAAACAUGCCUGAAGAACCGGAGCUAUUUGAAGAUCCAUGCUAUGUCCCUGAUCCUGUUUCAUUGCUUGGGCCUGUUUCUGAAUCUCUUGAAAACUUUCAGUUGGAUCUGGGGUCUGGUUUUAUCUCAGAUAUGGAGCUGGAAAAGCCUCGCAUUCCAAAGACCUCUGCUAUUGCUUCUGAGAUUAGCAGGCCAUCACCGAUCGAGUCUCCAAUGUCACGACAACGGAUAGUUGAUGACAAGCAUGGUAGUUCUAUUCGUCUUCCUACCACACCAAAGUCACAGGAGAAGCAUAGUUCUCUAGUGGAGGAUGUGAAUGAUGAGAAAACAUGGCAACUGUGGGGCCCUUCUCCUCUCGGUCAGGAUGGUUUAAGUAUCAUAGGCGGUCCAGCUUGGCACUUAAACCCGGAUCGUGGCAGGUUGAACAAGGAAGAGUUUGUCCGUCCUCCAAUCCAGAGGACUAUGGCUUCCCUUUUUACCAAGGAGGAUCCAGUUCUCCCCAGUACUUAUUCACCGCAGAAGGAUUUUCUUGGUAGUGUUCCAAAUGGUGAGACAUUCAGCCCUGUUGGUAUUUCAAAUGAUAAAGAUCCUUGGUUGCAGAAAGGAUUUUUCCCACCUGCAGCAGACAAUGAGAAGCAUUUUCCAUUCAAGCGCCAGGAGGAAUCUACCCAGAAUGAUAUCUUCUUUGGGACGCCUGCUAGACCUACAGCAACUCAUCCCUUUGAGCCUUCGCCAGCUAAGGGUUGGUCCAAUAAGGAAUGGGCUGUGGCAGAUACUGGAGAACUCGUGGGCAAUCAAUCCGUUGGUAUACCGAAAAUCGGGGAAUUUUUCCCACCUCAGAUGUAUAGUCACUUUGGAACUGAAAAUGGAAAGUGAGACUCUCAGAGGGGGGAAGGGAGAGACUUUUGUAAUACUCCUUUUUUCUUUUUUCUUCUCAAAAGAGGCCUGGGAUGAUAUGAUGGUAGAGAGCCCUCACCUCCUAGGGACAGCUUUUUGGAAUAUAUAAUAUAUUGCCAAAAACGAAAGAAAGCAUUGUAUCUUCCUGUUUUGUUUAAGCGGGAGAUUGAUGUUUUUUGCUCCUGCUUUUCUCUCUUUACUUCAGUUCCGUUUAGCA